AUGGUGGAUCAUUACCAAGUCCUGGGCGUGACGAGAAAUGCGACGAAGCAAGAGGUCAAAGAUGCGUUCCGGAGAAUGGCGGUGAAGUAUCACCCGGACAAGCACGCACAGUCUCCGGAGCACGUUCGGCGAAACGCCACCGUUCGGUUUAAGCUUGUAUCGGAGGCGUACGAAGUCCUGAACGACGAUCUGAAACGCGCGUCUUAUAACGCUGCCAGCGAUUCCGAUUGCUUCCGCCGCACCGGCGGUUCAUAUAGCAAUAACCCAUACGGAAAUAGUGGUGGCAGUGGCAGAGCGUAUGGCUCUGGUUACGGUUACUCAGCGAGGAAUCGUCAGGCAUCCAAUUUCAGCAUCCGGUUUGAUUCGGCGUUUCGUUACUUGACUACGCGUGCGUCUCUUCUUAAUCUCGCAUUAGCUGGUGGUGUGUGUUUUGCAUUUGCUGCGAUUGAUUUAAGCGGAGAAACACUAUGGAAAAUGCGUAACUCAGGGAAAUCAUUCGAAGAGACAAUAGAAUCAAUCGAGAAAACAAAGGCACAUAAGGAUGAAGGGUGA